AUGCAGAGACACGAAAUCUACGAUGUCUAUAUGGCAGUUCCUUCAACCUCUCUAUGUUUAGAGAAAAUAAAAGAUUUAUUUUAUCCCAACGAAGAUACCAAGAGCAUUGUUCCUCGCAGAAUUCUGGUGAUUGGACGUCCCGGAAUUGGAAAAACAGUCUUGACCCAAAAAAUUAUUCGUGAUUGGGCUAAUGGAAUUGAUCAAUACUAUUGUGACAAGAUUGCCUUCGUUUUCAAAUUCAGAUGGUUUAACAUGGACGAAUUAACAAGUUUAUCUCUUAAGACAUUUCUUCGGAUUGGAACGGGAAACCUCAGCGAAGAAAGUUUUGAAAGUAUUUAUGAAGAAAUAACAAGAGAGCCACAAAAAGCCAUUUUUAUUUUUGAUGGCUUGGAUGAAUUUAAUGGAAACCCCAAUAGUUGUUUGGACCAAUCCCAAAUAAUUCGAAACGAUCCCAAUACUUGCAUGUCUGGAAUUAAUUUAUUUACCAAGAUUAUUUUUGGAUCCUGUUUGCAAGGAGCAACGGUUCUGGUAACGAGCAGACCCACCACAGAUAAUUUUUACUCCAAGCUAGAUUUUGAUCGAAAUGUGGAAAUUCUUGGUUUCACCUCGAAGAAAAUUGAAGAGUAUGUCAGCCGAUUUUGUGACAAUAAUAACAGAAGUGACUUUAUACCGAAUAUAUGGAACCACAUAAAUUCAUCACCAGAAUUGUUAAACUUAUGUUACAUUCCAGCUAACUGCUUUAUUGUAUGCGUAACCCUAUCUGGAUGUUUUAGUGACCCAGGAAAUGACACCGGUGCUCUUCCAACAACACUAACAGAACUUUACCAGACAGCUGUUGAUCAUUUUGAAAAGCAUCAUCACAGAAAUGCGCACGGAAACUCUAUACCGGAAGAAACAUUAAAGAAACUUCAACUAAUAUCAUUCCGUGGUAUGGAAAAUGGACAAUUGAUUUUCAAUCAAGAGUUAUUUGAUGCACAAAUGAAAAAGUCUGGUUUAGUGAAUAUUUUAUCCAAUCCUUUUUUUCCAGUUCAAGCACAAUUUUGCUUUAUUCACUUAACCAUACAAGAAUAUCUUGCUGCAAGACACGUGACUGAAACUCUAGCUCCAGUCGAUAUUAAAAAAUUUAUUUUCGAUCAUGUUAGAAGAAGUAAAUGGCAUCUAGUUCUUCAGUUCAUGGCAGAACUUUUGGGCAAGAAAAUGAAGAUGUUUGAUAGGGAAUACAUGGACUGCGUCUUGGUGUUUGUUGAAGGUUUCGAAGAAAUGGAUAAUGCAAUUAGACUUAAUUACAAUCAUGUGUUUGUAAUGAAGUGUUUAAAGGAAGUGGACGAUGAAAACAUUGCGAAAGACAUGUGCAAAACGACUGCAAUAAAAGAUGUUGUAAAACUAUAUACUGAUUUAGAUGAUAAUAUUUCUCCAAGUGAUUGGGCGGCAGUGACUUUUGUUUGCAAGCACAUGGACAAUUUAGCAAGUUUUAACUUAAGAAGUAUGGGUUCAGAUUGUCUUCAAGAAAUCCUUAAAUUACUGCAAAAAAAGUGCAUACAUCAACUUUGGUUGAGGAUGUUAGACAGAAGUCGCGACGUUGAUGUGGAACAUGUAUUUAGUGCAUUGAUGAAUAUGGAAUGUACAGUGAGCCACACACACACCAACCUUACGUGGUUAACACUUAAUAAUUUUUGCAUGAGUGAUAAAGUUUUGUCAAAAAUUCGCUUAUUUCUUAAAAACGGGCAUGGAAGUCAUCUUGAGAUAUUAAAUCUAUCUGCUAAUAAAUUAGGUCCAAGUGGAAUUUACAAACUCUGUGAAGUCCUUAACAAUAACCAUUUUACGGAACUUGCAUAUCUGGAUCUUAGUGGUAAUCCAGUAGGUGACGAGGGUGCAAGCGUGUUAUGUAAUACUUUAAUUAAAGGACCUCGUAAGCUUACUAAGUUGAAACUCUUCGGGUGUUCCUUAACAGGUCGAUGCAUACCCUCGUUUGUUAAGACACUGCAAGAUGAACAUUGUAAGCUGACUUAUUUGUCACUGGGGGGAAAUGGCAUAGGUGAUGAUGGUGUACGUUCGUUGUGUGAGAAUGCUCUAAACAAAGAGCAUUGUAAGCUCACUGAGUUGCACCUUGGUAGCUGUUCGUUAACAGACCGAUGCAUAUCAAAUUUGUGUCAGGCGCUUCAAGAUGAACGUUGUAAACUGAAUGUUUUGUCCCUAAGCCACAAUAACAUCGGUAAUGAAGGCGUAUGUGUGUUGUUUGAGGAUGCUCUAAUGAAAGAGCAUUGUAAACUUACCAAGUUAUAUCUUGAUAAGUGCUUACUUACAGAUCAAUGCAUACCCACUCUGUGUAAGGCACUGCAAGAUGAACGUUGUAAACUGACCAAUUGGAUUGUGGAGAACAAUAACAUCGGCGAUGAAGGUGUAUGUGCGUUGUUUGAAGAUGUUCUAACAAACGAACAUUGUAAGCUAACUGAGUUGAAUCUUAAUGAAUGUUUGUUAACAGAUAAAUGCAUACCCAUAUUGUGUAAGACACUUCAAGAUGAACGUUGUGGGUUAACAAGAGUAUGUCUGAAUUUGAACAGGUUUACUGAAAACGGAAAAAAAAUAUUAGUUGAUCUGCAGAAGUAUAGUGAAUGUAAAGCUAUAAUACAGAUGUAAUAAUUUACGUUUAUAAUACAGGUUUAAUAAUUUACGUUAAAU